AGUUUCUGAGGCUCCGAGGAACACAAUGACUUGGAUGAGACAGCCUAAAUGGAAAGGAUACUGCUGCCACAACCAGAGAGCUCUUAAACCCCAGCUAAGCUAACCAUCUUUAUCUUAAAUGCAUCCAUACCGCAUAGAAACACGACGAGCCCACUUCUUUCAUUGACUAGAGAUUUUUGUGUUUUCUGACGAUCCUUGGAGACAUAUGGCUGGAAAAUGAAACGACCCGGGAGUGUGGCCACAUCGUUAUUCUGUGUGGUGUAAUACCAGAUGGGCACUGUGAACGGCGCAGGGAUGUGAAUGGACAGUUUGAAAUGGGAAUUUUUCUCCCCUCGAGCAGGUUCCGUUGCUCUCUCCUGCCUCUUGGUAUAACGUACUAGCUUUUGCCCUUCUCUGCAGUAUCAAUUAACUCAACUUGGAGGUGAAGUGGCCAGAGAAGAAGGAAUGAAGCGAUCUGACUAAUCUUGCUAGCUGCGGAACGGCAGAGCCUGGAACGCGGGCCGGGUGCAGAUCUGCCGACUGCGCCCGCGGCAUGGAGCGCACGGGCGCCCGCGGGAACCCAGGCCCGGCCAGGAGAACCGGCUGCUGAGCUCCGGAGUCCGCCAGGCCGCCGCCUCCUUGUGCCCUCUGCCUUUACUGUCAGUGUCGCCCCUCUCAAAGAGUCAUGGAAGACGGCCCGCUGCCAGACCUCAGAGACAUUGAGCUGAAGCUAGGGCGCAAAGUGCCCGAGAGCCUAGCGCGCUCGCUACGCGGGGAGGAGCCGGCGCCCCGAGAAGGGGCUGCGGACCCCAGCGGGGUUGGCGGGAGCUGCAGCAGCAGCAGCAGCUGCAGCAGCUUUGCACCGUCUGUGUCGUCUUCCUCUUCAUCCUCCCCUGCCUCUGGCUCUCCACGACGCGGCCACCCCAGCGCCCUGGAAAGGCUGGAGACCAAACUGCACGUCCUCAGGCAGGAGAUGGUCAACCUCAGAGCCACCGAUGUGAGGCUCAUGCGCCAGCUGCUCCUCAUCAAUGAGAGCAUCGAGUCCAUCAAGUGGAUGAUUGAGGAAAAGGCCACCAUCACCAGCAGAGGCAGCAGUCUCAGUGGCAGCCUGUGCAGCCUGCUGGAGAGUCAGGGCACCUCCUUACACGGCAGCUACAACAGCCUCCAUGAUGGCAGUGAUGGGCUGGAUGGCAUCUCUGUAGGGAGCUACUUGGACACUCUGGCAGAUGAUGUACCAGGGCAUCAGACCCCUUCAGACUUGGAUCAGUUCAGUGACAGUUCCAUCAUAGAGGACUCACAGGCUCUGCACAAGCAUCCCAAGUUGGAUUCUGAGUACUACUGCUUUGGCUAAUGACCCAGUUUUUUGCAUGGGACUGGUGUGCAAUUAACUUAGCCUUUAUCCAGUAACUGAUGGAAGCAGAUGCUGAGAUCCAGAGCCAAGAACUGGGCCCAGGACCAGGAGUUCUGCUGAAGAAAAGAAGGAGGGUUUAUAAACCAGAGGGGUCAAGGUUAAGACGGGGAACUCACAGAGACAGCUGACCUGAGCUCAUGGAAGCUCAUGGACCCUGGACCACCAGUUCGGGAUCCUUCAUGGGACUGACCUAGGUCCUCUGCAUGUGUUUGACAGUUGUGUAGCUUGAGCUGUUUCUAAGGCUCCUAUCAGGGAGAUCAGUACUGGUCCGUGACACUUAGCUGGCUUCUAAGAACCUAUUCCCCAUGCUGGAUUCACUCACCCAGCCUUGAUGCAGGGGGAGAACCUGACUGGGCCCCAACUUGAUGUGCCAUGUUUUGUUCAUGCCCAUUGGAGGCCUGCCCCUUUCUUAGCAGAG